AUGUCCUUCCCCCAGCUCGGCUACCAGUACAUCCGCCCGCUCUACCCACCCGAGCGCGCGGGGGCCGCGGGCGGCGGCGGCGCGGGGGCCCGGGGCGGCCCGGGGAGCGGCGCCUCGGAGCUGGCCGCCUCGGGGUCCCUGUCCAAUGUGCUCUCGUCCGUGUACGGGGCGCCCUACGCCGCGGCCGCGGCCGCGGCUGCGGCCGCCCAGAGCUACGGCGCCUUCCUGCCCUACGCCGCCGAGCUGCCCAUCUUCCCGCAGCUGGGCGCGCAGUAUGAGCUGAAGGACAGCCCGGGGGUGCAGCACCCCGCGGCGGCCGCCGCCUUCCCGCACCCGCACCCCGCCUUCUACCCGUACGGCCAGUACCAGUUCGGGGACCCGUCCCGUCCCAAGAACGCCACGCGCGAGAGCACCAGCACGCUCAAGGCCUGGCUCAACGAGCACCGCAAGAACCCCUACCCCACCAAGGGCGAGAAGAUCAUGCUGGCCAUCAUCACCAAGAUGACCCUCACCCAGGUGUCCACCUGGUUCGCCAACGCGCGCCGGCGCCUCAAGAAGGAGAACAAGAUGACGUGGGCGCCCCGCAGCCGCACGGACGAGGAGGGCAACGCGUACGGGAGCGAGCGCGAGGACGACGAGGACGACGACGACGAGGAGGCCAAGCGCGAGCUGGAGCUGGAGGAGGAGCUGGCGGGCGAGGAGGACGAGCCGGGCGCCGAGGGCCUGGCGGACGACGAGGACGAGGAGAUCGACCUGGAGAACCUGGACGGCGCGGCCGCGCCCGAGCUCGCCCUGGCCGGGGCGGCGCGCAGGGACGGCGGCCUGGGCCUGGGGCCCGGCUCGGACUCCAAGAACAGCGACUCGGAGGACAGCUCCGAGGCCGAGGAGCGGCCGCCGCCCGCGCUCGGCCUGGCCCCCGCGCCGCCGCCCGUCGUGCCCGGCGCGCCGCGCUCCCCCGCCGGCCUGGACCCCUGCGCGCCCGCGCCGGCGCCCGCGGCCGCCGCGCUGCAGAAGCCCAAGAUCUGGUCCCUGGCGGAGACGGCCACGAGCCCCGACAACCCGCGCCGCUCCCCGGGCGCGGGGGGCUCCCCCCCAGGCGCGGCCGGCGCGCCCCCGGCCCUGCAGCUGUCCCCCGCCGCCGCGGCCGCGGCGCACAGACUCGUCUCGGCGCCGCUGGGCAAGUUCCCGGCUUGGACCAACAGGCCGUUCCCCGGCCCCGCGCCCGGCCCGCGCGCGCACCCGCUGUCCCUGCUGGGCUCGGCCCCGCCGCACCUGCUGGGGCUGCCCGGAGCCGCGGGCCACCCGGCGGCCGCCGCCUUCGCGCGGCCCGCGGAGCCCGAGGGCGGAACAGAUCGCUGUAGUGCCUUGGAGGUGGAGAAAAAGUUGCUCAAGACGGCUUUCCAGCCCGUGCCCAGGCGGCCCCAGAACCACCUGGACGCCGCCCUGGUCUUGUCGGCUCUCUCCUCGUCCUAGUUCUCUGAAUUUUUUUUUAAUUUUAAUUGUUGUAAUAAUUGUACAAAAAAAAAUCGCUCUGUAUAGUUCUGACUCGUGAGCAUGUCCGUGUAUGAAUCCCCCAAAAAGAAAACCCAACAAAAAAAGAAAGCAAAAGAAAAAAGUCCCCCUCGAGCCUCCCCAAGUCGCUUCUGUACCCCACAUUAGCUGAGUCUGUGAGGUUGGUUUGUCCGUCCGGUUGAUUUCGGGGGGUGGAGUUUCAGUGAGAAUAAGCGCGUCUGACUUUUUUUGUAUAUACAGAAAAAUGUACAUAUGUGUGAACCAAAUUGUACAAGAAAGUAUCUAUUUUUGGCUAAAUAAAUGAGCUGUUGCCACUUUGAC